AUGCCAGAUACAGAGCUUCACGUGAUAUUCGAUCAACCUGACGAAGUUUUCCACCCGGGAAAACCGAUUUCCGGGCGAGUGGUGCUCUCAACGACAAAGGAAAAAUACAAGGCGCGUGCAGUGAACAUCAAGAUUUUGGGAUUGGCUCACACUAGCUGGACGGACACCGAGAGAGUUCGCAAAGUUAAUGCUGAGGGCAAAGAGGCCUAUGAGACGAAAAUAGUCAACUACUCUGCAAAUGUGAACUACUUGGACUAUUCCUUGCUUUUGUGGGCUUCAUCAGAUGGAUCGAACGAAUUGGCAGCUGGAGAAUAUGCGUGGCCAUUUUCUUAUAAUCUUCCUAUCAAUGUCCCACCGAGCUUCGAGGGAAAAUAUGGGUAUUUGAGAUAUUCAGUGACAGCUGAAGUUGAUCGGCCCUGGCGUAUGGAUAAGGAUAAGAAGCGAUGCAUCACUGUUUCUCCAUUGAUCGAUCUGAAUGUCAUUCCUCACGCACUCACCCAGAUCAAUGACCAAGCAAGUGAGAAUCUUGGCUGCUGUUGCUUCACAAAGGGAUAUCUCGAGCUUCGUGUGAACAUCCCAAAAACCGGUUUCGUUCCCGGUGAAACUGUCCCCAUGAAUAUCCACAUACUCAAUCACUCCUCCGUGCCCGUUACCAAAGUCAAGGCAAAAAUCAUCCAGCAGUGCAAGUUCAUCGCAUACCGAAACGGUACAACAGUCACUUAUGGUGGAGGUUACGAGACUAGUGUGUCCGGAAUGCUGCAGGAAACACAACACGACACUAAGACCGUUGUCAAGCAGGGUCUGGAAAUGAAAGUGGCUCCCCGGAAUGAGUGGAGACCAGCACAACUUGUGGGGGUAACGUCGAUUGUGAAAUGUCUAUCUUGAUUGAAACGGUUCCCAUCAGCAAGUAUCUUCCACCAGCCUACUACCCACAGGAUCCAAAUCUUCCGCCGAGCCAACCAACGCCAAUUGGAGGAGGAGUUGUUCCAGCGGGAGUUGCUCCAGGUGGAGUCGCUCCACCACCCGGAUAUGGAUUCUUACCAAUGACUGAUGGUGCAGAGAAUGGAGCCGGAAAUGCACCAUAUCCAGUUGGUCUGCCUAAUCCAGCUGAUGUGGUCGUUCCAUAUCCAAGCGGAGAUGAGCCUAAGGAUGGUACUGUAGUAGUCCCAUCUGCUCCGCUACUAUCCUACGAAGAAUCAAUGUAUGGAACAGAAGGAACAGAGCUCAAUACUGAUGAAAAUGCACAACCAUUUGCUCCAAAAUACCCAGUAUUCAACGAUUUGCCAGUGUAUAACCC